CGAGGCAUGGUAGCACAUGCCUGUCAUCCCAGCACUGGAGAUGUGGAGCCAGAGGGACCAGAAAUUCAAGGACAUCCUCUGCUACACAGUGAGUUUGAGGCCAGCCUGGACUACAUGAAACCCUGUCUCAAAAAGCAAUGCAGGCUGGAGAGAUGGCUCAGUGGUUAAGACGCUUGCCAGCAACGCCUAAGGACCAAGGUUUGAUUCCCCAGUACCCAUGCUGCAAACAGCUCUGCAGGCGGGUCUAUCAAUCAUGGCGUGUCUUCGUGGAGACCAGGCAGCUCAGAGAGGGUCAGCCACCUUCCCAGACCACAGAGCGAGCCAGGGCCAAGAUGGCACUCCGCCUGGGUCCCAGGGACCCCCACUGCCCAGACCUCGGCUCCCCAGACCCCGCCCCUUCCAGAACCUUCUGCUCUUGCUGUGGGUCCUCCUGGCCUGUGAUCUGGGGGCCACUGCUCAGGGUCCGGGGCAGUGGACGCCCUGGGGUUCCUGGAGCCGCUGCUCGAGCUCUUGCGGUCCGGGCGUGUCGGUGCGCAGCCGUCGCUGUGUCCGACUUCCAGGGGAAGAACCCUGCUGGGGGGACAGCCACGAGUACCGCUUGUGCCCGCUGCCGGACUGCCCUCCAGGAGCUGUGCCCUUCCGAGACCUACAAUGUGCCCUAUACAAUGGUCACCCUGUCCUGGGUACCCAGGCGACCUACCAGUGGGUGCCCUUCCACGGGGCGCCCAACCUGUGCGACCUCAACUGCCUGGCAGAGGGACACGCCUUCUACCACAGCUUCGGCCGCGUCCUAGAUGGCACCCCGUGUAGCCCGGGAGCGCAGGGCGUCUGCGUGGCUGGUCGCUGCCUGAGCGCCGGCUGCGAUGGGGUCCUGGGCUCCGGCGCCCAGGAGGACCACUGCGGCCGCUGCGGUGGCGCCAACGACUCGUGCCUCUUCGUGCAGCGCGUGUUCCGCGACGCCGGUGCCUUCGCCGGCUACUGGAACGUGACCGUGAUCCCCGCGGGAGCCAGACACAUCCGCGUGGUUCAGCGGAGCCGCAACCUCUUGGCGCUGCUGGGCGGCGACGGGCGCUACGUGCUCAACGGGGACGCGGCGGCCAGCGCGCCUGGCACCUACGAGGUCGCGGGCACGCGCCUGCUCUACACCCGCGAGGGCCAGGCCGAGACACUGCGUGCCGUCGGGCCCACGACCCACGACCUGCUCUUGCAGGUCCUCCUCCGGGAGCCCAAUCCUGGUGUGCACUUCGAGUUCUGGCUGCCUCGAGAGCACUAUGGCCCCUUCCAGGCACAGGCCCAGGCCCUGGGCUGGCCCCUGCGGCAGCCUCAGCCAAGGGAGGUGGAGCCUCGACCUGCCGAGCCGCCUGCUGUCCAGGUGGCCAUCCCUGCCCAGGUCCCUACCCUGGCCCCAGACCACUGUCCACCAUGCCCGGACACCCGAGGGCGUGCCCACCGGCUCCUCCAUUACUGUGGCAGUGACUUUGUGUUCCAGGCCCGCGUGCUAGGCCGCCACCGCCAGGCCCAGGAUACCCGCUAUGAGGUACUCAUCCUGCUCAUCUAUAAGAACCGGUCACCACUGCGAACUCGAGAGUAUGUGUGGGCUCAGGGCCAUUGUCCUUGCCCAUCACUGGCCCCCCAUCGGGAGUACUUGCUGGCCGUCAGACGCCUUGUCAGCCCUGAUGGCACGCAGGACCGGCUGCUGCUGCCCAGUGCUGGCUAUGCCCGGCCCUGGAGUCCUGCUGAAGAUAGCCGUGCCCGGCUGGCGGCCCGGCGCUGUCCUGUAUAAAGUCCUCACCACACAUGGCAAGAAGACCUGCCUGGCCACACUGGAAUUGGGUUUUUCCCUCUCAGUCUGGUGUCCAGGGAGCUGCAUUGAGGACAUGCAGAAGCCCAGACAGCUUUCCUCUCUCACCUCUGUUGCCAGAAAGCCAAAGGGAGUGGACACUGAGAAAUCUGUUUUCAUUCUCCUUGCCUCACUCACUGCCUCCAAGAUGCUUCCGAACAUGCACACUUCAUGGUGUACCAGUGUCCCCUAUUUCCCUGCCAUCAAGAUGCCCCUUACUGUUUGACUCCCUGACAGUCUCUGUUUUCUUGUCACUGGAACAUGCACACAGCCUCCGUAUCUGCAGAGACACUGCCACAAACAGGCGUGGCCUUUAGGAGAUGCCUGCCCUGUGUACUGUACAUUAUCAGAUUCCCCUCUCACCCUGACUCCCAGGAAGCUCAGAGGCAAUCUUGAGCACUUCAUGAUUCUGGCUGAGUUUCCUCUGGCCAACAUGGAACUGUCCAUCUUUUAUUCCUGCUUAAUAAUAACUUAGAAAAAUCCCCCACCACAUACAUGUUCAGCCACAGGAACUUGGGGACAUUUUGGCAGAGUGACAGCCAGUGGGCCAUCUGAGAGGCCCUUGCUACUCCACCCUGCUGGCCAUUAGCUAUGGUUGAGGGCUGAGGAGAUGCCUCCCCCCUGCCCCACGACCUUAAAGUUGACUUCAUUCAGGUCAGGCUUCACCCCUCUGUGGACCUUAGUUUCCCCCUCUGUGGACCUUAGUUUCCCCAUCUGCCUGUGGACUUUCUGCUCUCCUGGUGUCUCCUGGCUCUUCCUUCACAGAUUGCUACAAUGAGAAUUUAUUGAGUGCUGAAUGUAUAUAAGGGACCCAGCAGGACCUGUGAAGGGACAAGUUUGGGCCCAGGAGGAGGAACAAGUGACUUCUCCAUCACCUAUGGCCUUCUGUGGUGUGCCUCUGCCAUUUGGACUGCUGAGGGAGAGUGCCGCUGGCCAUGGACGUGGUGUGGCCGGUACUGCAGAGAGUCUUGGGGUCCCUGUGCCCCCUGGUGGCUGGAGAAGGGAUAACAAGACCCAUGACCUGGACCUUGAAGGGAUACAGCCUGAUACAUUGGCCUCUUCUCUGCAAGAUGCUUGGCUCUGUCCUGCCCCAAGGCCUUUGCUGUGCAGUUCCUGCUGGCUGGGGAGGGCCUUGGGGACCACAUGCUGACCCUGGGAUGCCCACCAGGAUACCUGGGCCAGGUCCUAUCUAGGAACUGAUGCCCUUGACAAAGAACAAGGCAUGCAGUGGAGCAGUGAAAAGGACCCAGGAAGACAGAAGUGGUUGGUUAUUCCCAGCAGUAGCAUGCUGUCCCCAUGAGCAGGAUGCGUGGAGGUCCCGAACAGCUGGCCCAGGCUGUUUUGGAUGGACAUGUAAACCGCAGCUAAUAGGAUUUUUGCAAUUUGCACUCUGCCUUCAGCCUAAACAGUAGAGAGGCAGGGAUAUUUUCAUAUGAAGACAGGGAAGCUGAAUAGUAAACUAAUAAAAUGUA